UGAAGACUAUAUGUUACGGUGCAGCUUGCACUGCAUUUGCACCAUAACAUCCAAAGUUUAUUUAGAAACAGAGUUGGUGCAAUUUGAGAGCUGUGUGUCUUACUUGGCAGCGUCUCCGGCAAUUAGCUUUCAUGGCCAAACCUGUUUCGAUUGAUGUUAGGAACCCAAAUGGUAAAUACAGAAUUGUUAGCACAAAGCCCAUGCCCGGAACUCGCUGGAUCAAUCUCUUAAUUGAACAAGAUUGUCGGGUCAAAAUAUGUACAAAAAAAAAAAAAAAAACUAUAUUGUCUGUGGAAGAUAUCAUUGCUUUAAUUGGCGACAAUUGCGACGGAGUGAUUGGACAGUUGACAGAAGAUUGGGGAGAGGCACUAGUUUCGGCAUUGAGAGAGGAGGGACCGCUUUCAGUAACAUGGCUGUUGGUUAUAACAACGUUGAUGUCAAUGCGGCUGACAAGUAUGGUGUUUCUGUUGGAAACACUCCUGGAUUACUUACAGAGAGUACGGCAGAGCUGGCAGCUUCACUUUCUUUAGCAGCUGCUAGAAGAAUGGUUGAAGCAGAUGAGUUCAUGAGGGCUGGCCUAUAUGAUGGGUGGCUUCCUAAUCUGUAUGAUCCCCAUUAUACA